ACGGGUUUUACCCAGAAACGGAAUUUCAGUCGGCUAUAAAUCAAUGCGACUUGUACUAACUUCGUCUUUGAGUCACUGCUAAGAGAGAAACAGGAUCAGUUGAAAGUCAACAGCUCAGCGAUUUGAAGAUCAUGUCGUGGCUAAUCAAUACAGCAUUCGUUUUGAUCUUGAUGUGUGUGGAAAGUGCCUCCGGAGCAGUCCUUAAGUUUCGUGGACAUGAACCAGCUCAGCCAUGUUCACCAGAUAUUUGCAAGCUUCCCGACUGCCGUUGUAGCGGAACAGACAUCCCUGGAAAUCUUCCACCAAAUAAAGUUCCGCAAAUGGUUAUGUUGACCUUCGAUGACGCUGUAAAUGACCAAGUGGACAAAUAUUACCAGGAUCUAUUUGGGACUGGCGAACUGAAAAAUCCAAACGGUUGUACCGUAACAGCCACUUUCUUCGUGUCGCACGAGUACACGGAGUAUCAAAUGGUACAAGCGCUGUACCACAACAGGCACGAUAUUGCGGAUCAUACAAUCUCACACAGAACCCCCACUUCCUGGUGGAAAUCAGCAAAUUACAGUCAGCUGACGGACGAAAUUGCGGGACAGAGGGAAAUUUUAAGAAAGUGGGGACAGGUCAAGGCAGAGGACGUCGUUGGAUUCCGUGUACCCUUCUUGCAGCUCGGGGGCAACACAAUGUAUCAAGUUCUGCAUGAUAACAAGUUCCUGUAUGACUCGUCCAUGCCAACCCAGAAGUUUACGGAUCCGCCGAUGUGGCCCUACACGCUGGAUUAUCGAUCGACACAAGAAUGCGUUAUUCCGCCAUGUCCUACAGAUUCAUUCCCUGGUCUUUGGGAGGUUCCUAUGAUCGACUACACCGAUUCACGAGGAAAUCCAUGCAAUAUGAUUGACGAAUGCUACGCACCAGCCAAUGAAACGGAAGCAUAUGAUCUAUUGUCGACGAAUUUUGAGCGACAUUACACCACGAACAGAGCACCAUUCCCCAUGUUUCUGCACGCUGGAUGGUUUGCGAGAUAUCCAUACACUUUAACUGCGAUGGAAAAAUUCCUCCAGGACAUACUCGCUCGUGGAGACGUUUGGGUGCUUGGAAUAAAACAAGUGAUCGAAUGGAUCAAAUCGCCAACCAGUCUUGACGACAUCGAAAAUUUCGCCCCCUGGAAAUGCGACUCGCCUCCCCCGCCCCCGGCCUGUUCCUCCCCGAACGUCUGCAGUUUCCCCGACGACCCGCAUUACUUGUACACAUGUACCCGCCCCUGUCCCGCUCAUUACCCCUGGGUCGGAAACCCGGACGGAAACUAACUUCAGAGUACGAAUGUCCCGGAUAAAGAAAUACGCUCGCUUAAAAUUUCUCCAGUUGAAGCAAAAAUGAAAAAAAAAUAUUGUUACACAAAUAACUGUGAAUUCGAAAGGACUUUUGAACGUAGCUAGGAUUAACGUGCUACUUGACAAUCUUGGAAUUAAAGAUGUAUCGAGUAAAUUAACGCUUUUUGCAUUAAUAACAGAAAAGAAAAGCUUUAGAGAUCUGUUUUGCUUUUGUUUGUUAAUAAACCUUUUUUUUUGAUCAGAGGAACUUGAUGGUUUCGGGUCUCUUCAAUA